GUGGCGAUCAUGGCAAGUUAGAAGUUUUCUGACUCCUCUCGGAGGAGACUCCGGGACCCCGGGGAGUAACAGGUGUCUGGAGGCUGAAGGGUGGGGGGGCUUCUGGACUUGGGGGUUCACGUGUGAGACUCCCUUCCACCCUUCCACCCUCCUCUCGCGCACCCACCCACCCUCAUCCCCUUCUUUUUCUGUCCUUGGAAAAUGGUGUCCAAGCUUACGUCGCUCCAGCAAGAACUCCUGAGCGCCCUGCUGAACUCCGGGGUCACCAAGGAGGUGCUGGUCCAGGCCUUGGAGGAGUUGCUGCCAUCCCCGAGUUUCGGGGUGAAGCUGGAGACACUGCCCCUAUCCCCAGGGAACGGGGCCGAGCCGGACACCAAGCCGGUCUUCCAUACCCUCACGAACGGCCACGCCAAGGGCCGCUUGUCGGGGGACGAGGGCUCUGAGGACGGCGAUGACUAUGACACCCCUCCCAUCCUCAAGGAGCUACAGGCGCUCAACACUGAGGAGGCGGCGGAGCAGCGAGCGGAGGUGGAGCGGAUGCUCAGCGAGGACCCUUGGAGGGCUGCCAAAAUGAUCAAGGGCUACAUGCAGCAACACAACAUCCCCCAGCGGGAGGUGGUCGACGUCACCGGUCUGAACCAGUCCCACCUCUCCCAGCACCUCAACAAGGGCACCCCUAUGAAGACCCAGAAGCGCGCUGCCCUGUACACCUGGUACGUCCGAAAGCAGCGAGAGAUCCUCCGACAAUUCAACCAGACAGUCCAGAGUUCUGGAAAUAUGACAGACAAAAGCAGUCAGGAUCAGCUGCUGUUUCUCUUUCCAGAGUUCAGUCAACAGAGCCAGGGGCCUGGGCAGUCCGAUGAUGCCUGCUCUGAGCCUACCAACAAGAAGAUGCGUCGCAACCGGUUCAAAUGGGGGCCCGCGUCCCAGCAAAUCUUGUACCAGGCCUACGACCGGCAAAAGAACCCCAGCAAGGAAGAGAGGGAGGCCUUAGUGGAGGAGUGCAACAGGGCAGAAUGUCUACAGAGAGGCGUCUCCCCCUCAAAAGCCCACGGCCUGGGCUCCAAUCUGGUCACUGAGGUUCGUGUCUACAACUGGUUCGCAAACCGCAGGAAGGAGGAGGCGUUCAGGCAGAAGCUGGCCAUGGAUGCCUACAGCUCCACACAGACGCACAACCUGAACCCCCUGCUCUCCCACAGCUCCCCCCACCACCAGCCCAGCACCUCUCCUCCAAACAAGCUCUCAGGAGUGCGCUACAACCAGCAGGGUAACAGUGAAGUCACUUCCUCCUCAACAAUCAGUCACCACGGCAACAGCGCCAUGGUGACCAGCCAGUCGGUUUUACAGCAAGUCUCUCCAGCCAGCCUGGACCCGGGCCACAAUCUCCUCUCACCUGAUGGUAAAAUGAUCUCAGUCUCAGGAGGAGGUCUGCCCCCUGUCAGCACCUUGACGAAUAUCCACAGCCUGUCCCACCAUAAUCCCCAGCAAUCUCAAAACCUCAUCAUGACCCCUCUCUCCGGUGUCAUGGCCAUUGCACAAAGCCUCAACACCUCCCAAGCUCAGAGCAUCCCUGUCAUCAACAGCGUGGCUGGCAGCCUGGCAGCCCUGCAGCCUGUCCAGUUCUCCCAGCAGCUGCACAGCCCUCACCAGCAGCCCCUCAUGCAGCAGAGCCCAGGCAGCCACAUGGCCCAGCCACCCUUCAUGGCCACUGUGACUCAGCUGCAGAACUCCCACAUGUACACACACAAGCAGGAACCCCCCCAGUAUUCCCACACCUCCCGGUUCCCGUCUGCCAUGGUGGUCACAGACACCAGCAGCAUCAGCACACUGACCAACAUGCCUUCCAGUAAACAGUGUCCUCUCCAAGCCUGGUGAUACCCACACCUCGCUUACUUUGUGCACAGCAACAAGGACCCAAUUUUCCACACCAUCACCCUCCAAGCGGUUGUCACGGAAAAGCCCGGUGACCUGAAAGCACCCGCGAGCAGUCCCUGCUUCCUGGCAUCCUGCUGGCGCCUCAGACAGUCCGCCCUGGCUCUCAGGAGGCACCGGCUUCCCUGCCCUGCAGUAUUGUCACGAUGCCUCUCCCAUGACGACAAGGACCCUGUCUGCCUUCGGGAUGGGGGACAAGAAACCACGGAAGAGGAAGAGAGAGAGCUGUAUUGUGUAUAUGAUGCUCUUCAUCGAACAAACUGAUAUGAAACUUGAAUCUGUUACUGAAACGAGGAGAGGAGGACACGUGCAUUGAACUGAGCCAAACACACUGUAAAUAUCAGCAAACUCCCCCCACCCCCGCCCCAGCUGAUCUUGAGUUUUCUUUUAAAGAAGUCAAUGUGUCCAAUGGUGUAAGCUGUCAAUGACUGUAAUUAAGUGCAAUUACCUCCCCCUCCAUUCCCCCCUCUGCCCUGUAUAUAAUACUAAAGUGUCUAUUAGUUUUCUUUGUAAAGGUCAGAGUUGAAGUUUCAGAUGAUUUGCCCUUGGUUCUUCCCCCAUGGAGAAAUAGCCUGAGCGGGGGGUGAAGCUCCUUGCCCCUUCCCUCAGGCCUGGCCCUACACAGGGAUGGAUGUCUUGCACCAACUGCCAGCUAACGCUAAUCUCCUGAUGUUGAGACACACCUGUGCGUCCCUGGCAGCCCUGGGUACAGUGUCAGAAUGGUACCCUAACUCCUGCUAGGGUUCAGGGUCAGCCAGAACAUCCCCAAGAAGCCCCAAGGCAGGGAAACCGAUGACUAGCCCAAGAAAAAGUUGCCCUUUCAGAAAGCCUCCCAUUAAAACAAUUUAUUUUAUCACU